UAUAUGACGGACAUGAGCAGGAUUAAAACAACACUGGAGCAACGUUAGAAAUGUGCUCUGUCAGCUCUUAUAAUGAGUGUGACAGGGCUGAAGGGUAGUUUUUAGCAUUGAGGAACUUUACUUUGCUCGUUUAUGUCUUUGUCGGUGAGUCUUAUUGUAAACGGACGUGAUUUUGCUGUAAACAUGAAAGUGAAAGUAAAACUGAUUGCUGUACACGAGAGGAAACAUUAAAGGACAACGAAGGGUGAAGAUAUUGAAUGGUUCCUUCAUGAUGGCUCAUCCAACUGACCGUUCUGCAGUGUGUGCAUAUGGACUUCUCCUGUGCUGUGACCUGAUCCUCUGGGUGACCUUAGUGACAGUACUUCUGUGGUGUAAAGGCACCUUUAUUCUAGGCUUGAGCUCGUUAUGGGCUUUCAGGGCUCUUAGCUGGAACCUGCUUAAUAAAGUCAGCUCUGUGCUGGUGGACCAGAGUCUACAACCUCUACUGAAGCGCUGGAUGACUUUAUUGUGUUUUUUGCCUGCUGUGUUUGAUACUCUGAGAACACUUGUGUCAGGAGGUGUGUGCGGCUUCAGUCCUGUCCCUGAGCCAGCCAUGGUGGUCUUGAAUGCAGUGUCUGCCACUCUGGUAUAUAUGGUGUGGGAGAUGGCAUUCCCUUGUAAUGGAUCUAAAAGGGAUGCAAAAAAGGAGAAGAAAGAGCAAGAAGCCAAAGCACUCCUGACUAGAGUGAUUCAGUACUCUAGACCAGACUGCUUUCACCUGGGGGCUGCCUUCCUUUUUCUCAUCCUAGCUGCAUUGUUUGAGUCAUGUAUUCCGUACUAUGUGGGGAAAAUCAUUGAUGUGCUGAGUGGAGAAUACCAGCAUGGAAACUUUAUGUGGGCCAUUGGACUCAUGUCAUUGUACUCUUUGGGAAGCUCUUUGUUUACUGGCUUGCGAGGGGGCAUGUUCAUGUGUAGCCUAAGCAGACUCAACAGGAGAAUUCGACACAUGCUGUUUCAGAACUUGAUGAAACAGGAAAUCAACUUCUUUGAAGAAAACAAACCAGGAAGUCUGACCUCGCGACUGGUCUCUGACACUGAUAAAAUGGGCCGCUCUAUAGCCAUGAAUGUGAACGUGCUCCUGCGGAGCCUGGUGAAGACGUGUAGCAUGCUCGUCUCCAUGCUGAGUCUGUCCUGGCAGCUCACGAUCCUUACAUGUAUAGAGAUGCCUCUCCUUGCUCUGCUGCAGAACCACUACAACACCCACUAUCAGAAAACAUCCAGAGAGCUGCAGGACUGCAAAGCUGAGAUUGAGCAGGUGGCAUCUUCUGCAAUUAAUGCUGUGAAGACUGUGCGGAGCUUCAGGGCUGAGGCCCAGGAGCAGAGGAGGUAUGAGGAAGCCCUGGAAAAGAAGCUCAAGGUUCUGACAUGCAAAGGCAUUAACAGUGCAGUCUACCUCCUUCUGCGCAGGGUUGUAUCAGUGAGCUUGAAGGUGGCAAUGCUGCUUCUGGGCCGCAGCCUCAUCUCAUCAGGCCAGCUAACAAGUGGAAGUCUCCUGGCUUUUGUGCUCUUCCAGAAAGAUAUGGUGACUAACAUGAAGCAUCUCGUGUAUGUUUAUGGAGACAUCCUGAACACAGUGUGGUCAGCUGAGAAGGUGUUUCAGCUGCUAGACAGAAAGCCGAAAGUGACAGAGGCAGGUGUCUUGGUGCCCCAGAAGCUAGAGGGAAGAGUCACUUUUGAUAAUGUUAGCUUCUCCUAUCCUUCACGUGAUGGGAAAGCUCUUAAGUCUGUGAGUCUGGAGCUCAGUCCAGGAAAGAUGACAGCGCUGGUGGGCCCCUCUGGUGGUGGGAAGAGUUCCUGUGUUUGUCUGCUGCAGAGGUUCUAUGAGCCUCAGGAGGGUGAGGUACUUUUGGAUGGCGUUCCACUUCAUCACUACCAACAUCAGUACAUGUGCAGCCAGAUCGCAACUGUGUCCCAGGAUCCUGUGCUCUUUUCUGGCUCAAUAAAACACAACAUUGAAUAUGGCCUACAUGGCUGCACCAUAGAGAGGGUGAAGGAGGCAGCAAAGAAAGCUAACAUCCAUGACUUUAUUUGCAAACUGGAUCAAGGCUAUGAUACAGAUGUUGGAGAGCAUGGAGGGCACCUGUCCGCAGGACAAAAGCAGUGCAUUGCCAUAGCCAGAGCCUUUAUUAGGAACCCUAAAAUACUUGUCCUGGAUGAAGGCACCAGCAAACUGGACAUCAACACCCAGGUUGCGGUUCAAGAAGCCCUCUCUGGUUCAGCAGGUCAGACAUUGCUGGUGGUGGCCCAUCGUCUGCAGACUAUAGAGAAAGCAGACCAUAUCAUCUACAUGGAGGGUGGAAUGGUCAUGGAGCAAGGGACACAUGAGCAGCUAAUGGCCAAAAGAGGGCGCUAUUACCAUCUUAGGGAGAAACUAUUUAUACUAGAUUCUGAGCAACAAAACUGAAAAUACUUUUAUUUUUACUAGACAUGUUUAUAGUGUACUGCUCUGGGUUCUAUGAUACACUCUAUAAUUACAGAAUAGCAAUAAGUGAUUCACUUAUUGUAUUGAAGGAAGCUGACUGAACGAAGUGACUGGAGAGCAUAUUGUCUGUUCACACAUGGUUCUGAUACAACAUGGAUGAACAUUUAAAUCACUCAUUGCUUUAUUCUUUAUUAUCUGUAUGCUACAGAAGCAAAAACCACAGUGUUUCAGCACAUCAUUGCGUAAGAGGUAAACUCUUACUUUGUUACAGCAUCUAAAAAGAACUGUAAUCUAAACUAAAGCAUCAUUUGUAACAGUGUUAUAUAAAUACUGUGUGGGUUAAAGUCUUUUUUUGUUGUUGUAUUUAGUACAUUUUUACUAGAAAAUUCAGGGUAGGUCAUCAGAGAUUUUGAUUUCACUAAUAUUCUUACUGUGUUAAUGAUUGUGAUUUUGCACACUAGGUGAAAUGUUAAUCUAAAUAACAUGAUUAUUACUGAUGAGCAAUAAUCAUGUAUGUGUGGUCAUUUUAUUUUGUUUAAUAUACUGUGAUAACAGACUUUUGUACAACCAUACAUAUAGUAGAACCAUGAACUGUAUAAAAAAGGCAUUCUAAAAUCCAAAUGACUGUAUUUUCUGCCAAUAGUGGCUCAAAUUAACCCUUCAAGUAUAUGCCAUAAAAGACUUUUAAAUAAACAACAUGUCCAUUA